AUGCUCUCCAGCCCUGCGUCUCCCCACACCCUCCCUGCCCUGACAAGCCCCAUUCCCGCUGUGACCCAGGUACCAGCCCUGGUGAGCUCCGAGGAUCGAGGAUCGAGGAUCGAGGAUCUCGUGCCUUUUCCCGACCGCAGCUGCCCCUUCCCGUUUUGUCCGCUCAAGCAGCACUUGCCCAUGCUCCGAGACCACGCUGAGAUCUCCCUUCCGUGGAAACUUUCUGCCCGCCCUGAGUGCACAGCCCCCGCGCCCCCCGCACCCUCCACCCCGGGCCGCGCCGCCUCCGUCCGCCCCUCCCCCGGGGCUGCGACCCGGACCUGCCCCCCACCCGCUAGCCAGCGCUCACGCAGGCUGUUCCCCGGAUCCAGCUUCCUGGACUUGGGGGAUCUGAACGAGUCGGAUUUCCUCAACAAUGCGCACUUUCCUGAGCACCUGGACCACUUUGCAGAGAACAUGGAGGACUUCUCCAACGACCUGUUCAGCAGUUUCUUUGAUGACCCGGUGCUGGAUGAGAAGAGCCCUCUCCUGGACAUGGAACUGGACUCCCCGACGCCGGGUAUCCAGGCUGAGCACAGUUACUCCCUGAGCGGAGACUCGGCGCCUCAGAGCCCCCUGGUGCCCAUCAAGAUGGAAGACACCACCCAAGACGUGGAACACGGAGCGUGGGCACUGGGACACAAACUGUGCUCCGUCAUGGUGAAGCAGGAGCAGAGCCCGGAGCUGCCCGUGGACCCUCUGGCUGCCGCCUCCUCUCCCAUGGCCGCCGCUGCCGCCAUGACCACCACUCCGCUGCUGGGCCUCAGCCCCCUGUCCAGACUGCCCAUGCCCCACCAGGCUCCAGGUGAGAUGACUCAGCUGCCAAUGAUCAAAGCAGAGCCACAGGACGUGAACCAGUUCCUUAAAGUGACAUCAGAAGACCUGGUGCAGAUGCCUCCAACGCCCCCCAGCAGCCACGGCGGCAGUGACAGCGAUGGCUCCCAGAGUCCCCGUUCUCUGCCCCCUUCCAGCCCUGUCCGGCCUAUGGCCCGCUCGUCCACGGCCAUCUCCACCUCCCCACUCCUCACUGCCCCUCACAAACUACAGGGGACAUCAGGGCCACUGCUCCUGACAGAGGAGGAGAAGCGUACCCUGAUUGCUGAGGGCUACCCCAUCCCCACCAAACUCCCCCUCACCAAAGCCGAGGAGAAGGCCUUGAAGAGGGUCCGGAGAAAAAUCAAGAACAAGAUCUCUGCCCAAGAGAGCCGUCGUAAGAAGAAGGAAUACGUGGAAUGUCUAGAAAAGAAGGUGGAGACAUUCACAUCUGAGAACAACGAACUGUGGAAGAAGGUGGAGACCCUGGAGAAUGCCAACAGGACCCUGCUGCAGCAGCUGCAGAAACUCCAGACUCUGGUCACCAACAAGAUCUCCAGACCUUACAAGAUGGCUGCCACCCAGACGGGGACCUGCCUCAUGGUGGCAGCCCUGUGCUUCGUGCUGGUGCUGGGCUCCCUGGUGCCCUGCCUCCCUGAGUUCUCCUCCAGCUCCCAGACUGUGAAGGAAGACCCCACAGCGACUGACGGUGUCUAUGCAGCCAGUCAGAUGCCCUCCAGAAGCCUCCUGUUCUACGACGAGGGGGCCAGCUCGUGGGAAGACGGUCGCAGCGCCCUGCUGCCCAUGGAGCCGCCAGACGGCUGGGAGAUCAAGCCCGGGGGGCCGGUGGAGCAGCAGCCCCAGGACCACCUGCAGCACGACCACCUGGACAGCACCCACGAGACCUCCAAGUACCUGAGCAAGGUGUGGCCGGAUGACGCCAGUGAGAAUGGCACUAGCCCCGACUUCUCUCAUCCCAAGGAGUGGUUCCACGACAGGGAUCUGGGCCCCAACACCACCAUCAAACUCUCCUAAGCCAUGUCAAGACCCAGGACACAGGACACACCCCCGGCGCCCGGAAGAGGAGCCGUCUUGUUCACUGACCCGGAUCCAGCUCGCACCCUGUCCCCUGCCCUCCGCCCUCUGCCCCCUGGGACUUCCCACCCCAGGAGAAGGGGCCUCACUUCCCAGUUCCCCAGUCCUUCUUUGCCCUGUAUCUCGGCUGGGGCGUCCCCUCCACUCUGACAUUUGGAUGUUCCCUCGGGCCAACCACUCUGCUCUCCCCUCUCCCUCCCACGACUAUCCGUCCUUCUCAGAUAAACCACUCACUGGGUUACCCCCGCCCCCCAAUAAUGACCAACUCGACCACUGCCUGCCCCCGGACACACACAGACACACACACACGCCCCACGCGGACACCCUCGCCCCACCUCCCGCUGUACAGAGACCAAGAACAGAAAUUGUUUGUAAAUAAUGAACCUUAUUUUUUAUUAUUGCCAAUCCCCUAAGAUAUUGUAUUUUACAAAUCUCCCUCCUACCUUCACCCUCCCCGUGUUUUAUAUUUUAUGAAGUUAGUGCGGGCUUUCUUGCUCCCUGGCCCAGGGAAGAGGGACUCCCACACCCUCCCCUGGCCUCCCCCUGCCGCUGCCCAAGCCACAGGGCCUUUUUAAUUGCCAAACCGCUCCCUCCAUCAGCUCAGCACACGCUUUACGAAUGCAAAAUUAAACAAAAAAAAGAUGC